CUGUGGUAACGGCUCCACUUGGGCCCUGGUAAGUAGGUGCUUAGUCUUGAAAUGUCAACAAGAAGAUCGCGAUGAAGGGGAUGAAGACGGAGCACUCCAAAUUAUGGCUUUUAGUUCGCCAAGGGGAUGUCGUUUCUGAUAUCUGCGAAGUGGAGAUUUGUACGGAGCCACAAUCAGAGACGAACGAUCGUCAAAUACUCAUGGAGGAAAUAUGUAACCAGCUUAGUUUGCAAUAUAACAAGGGAAAAGUUUAUAAGCUUCGGAAUCCCAGAGGGUCUUUGAUUCCCAUCAGCAGAAAAAUGCCACCAAAUACUGUCACCAGCCCUUUCAUCCUAGAGAUUUGUGACCAGCAUACGUCAAUAAAGCCAGGCAAGAAACAAGUCCAGAUUUCUGGAUACUCUGAGACUUAUCAGAAAAAAGUUGAUAACUUGACUAAAAAGGUUGAAAGGCUAGAAGCCAUCAUGCCAGAGCUACCAUGUCUAAGACAAGAGAAACUAACAGAUGAAAUGAAAGGGGUUGAAGCGAGAUUACAUUUUAUGAAUUCCAGAAUGGAGGAAGCCGAAAAUCGUGAGUGGAAGGGAAUGUUUAAGAAGCACCCUCUCUGGUGAAAAAAUGCAGAAGAGUCAUUGUGUAGUUCCAGAAAAUUUUGAGGGGAUCGGAAAUUCCGGAAAUUUUGGAAAGUACGGAUAAUACCUCAAACUACACAUUUAGCAAAAUAGAGCAAAUAUACUGUACAUAAAACAUGAAUGGGUUAAGGUGUGACCAGGAAAGCAGUGAUCCCUGCGUCCACCACUAGCUAUGGUCAGUGGCUUUUGAACCGAUUAUAGGGGAUCCUGCCCCCUCCCCCUAAAUAUAUCAUAUAAAACUCGGGAACCUCGCAAGAACAAGCGAUUUGAUUGGCUGAGAAACUCGGGAUAAAAUGCAAUGAACACCCUAGAAGGUGGAUAUUUUCCUGCGCCCCGAAAUCAAGCAAAAUGGCGGGUGUAACAGCCGAUUUGCUAGUGUUUCCGAAAAGAAAAUUGCUGUGAAGCUCGUUUUAUAUACUAACAAUUAUACCAUUUCCAUUUCGGCGGAUAGUGGCUUUAAAAAUAUAUAUAUUUUUAGCCUAUCCACCUCAGUGGAAAUGGUAUAAUUGUUAAAUAUAUCAGAGAAAAUCAACACUCCAUAUUGAAAUAUUUAUCAGUAGUUAUCCUUUAUAUUUAUAGUUAGUAUAAAUCCACUCACAUACUAUCACGAAUCUCGCAAUUCGAUUGGCUCCUAGGCACCCGUGGGGAGAGAAGCGUUGCGUGAGCUACACAAAGGACGGCUGCGCGACUAUUUGGCUCCCUUACUCACUAUCUAUUGAGCCACAGAUAGUGAGCUGCGAAAUAGCGGCGACGGUUAUUUAUUACUGAGAAUUAUUAAAAUCGCAUUUAUUUGAAGGUAGUAUGUGUGUGGAUUUGUACUAAAACAAUUAGACUACCCGUUCUCGUUUUUUUAUGAGUCAAACAAAUAUUGACUAUCUAUUGACUCAUAGAAAACUCGAACUCGUAGUCUAAUAAUAAAAGCAGCAAUUAUCAGAUGUAGUCACCCGUGUUAUUACCUUGUCUCUCUAUAUAUAUAUAUUAAAAGGAAUUAGUGCAUCAGAA